AUGUCGCUUAGUCAACCAAUUGCAAAACCAAAAGACGGUUCCAUCAGAUUGGGAUCCAAAGCACCUAACUUUGACGCCCAGACUUCCAACGGUUCUCUUUCAUUCUAUGAUUACCUAGGAAGCUCGUGGGGAGUUCUCUUUUCUCACCCUGAUGACUUCACUCCAGUUUGCACCACCGAAUUAGGUGCUUUCGCGAAAUUGGAGCCGGAGUUCACUAAGAGAAACACUAAAUUGAUUGGUCUUUCUGCAAACACUCUUGAGUCUCAUUCUCGUUGGAUCAAAGAUAUCAAUGAGGUUACUGGUUCUAACCUUACUUUCCCAAUUAUCGCUGAUCCAAAGAGAGAAAUCGCUUUGAAAUACGAUAUGAUCGACUACCAGGAUGCUACUAACGUGGACAAUAAAGGUGUUCAAUUAACUAUCAGAUCAGUCUUUAUUAUCGAUCCUUCGAAGACCGUUAGAUUGAUUAUCACUUACCCUGCUUCUGUCGGUAGAAAUACCGCCGAAGUUCUCAGAGUGUUGGAUUCUCUCCAAUUGGCCGAGAAGUUGAAUAAGAGUAUUACUACUCCUAUUAAUUGGGUUCCUGGUGACGAUGUCAUCAUUGCUCCUACCCUUUCUGACGAGAAGGCCAAGAAAUUGUAUCCAAAUUACAGAGCUGUUAAGCCAUACUUGAGAUUGACUCCUGUUCCUGACAACUAA